UUCUGGGGUCCUUGACGUGGCACUAAUAAACAAAGAUGGCCGCGGAGUUUCAAAUACUUUGGGUUUACUCUGUAUAUCUUGGACCUUAAACUGGUAUUUACUUGAGUCAGUAGUUUAACAUAUCUUUGUUCUGUGCAUUCGUGACUUGAAUAUUACGGUUUAACGUUUUAUUAUAUAAAAAUGAGCGGUUGGGCAGGUUUUUCUGACGAGGAACUGCGUAGAAUACAGCAGAAAGACUCAGCAGGACCCUCGGUGUCAUCCCGCGGUCGAAAACCUACUGCAGCCAAUCGUAAUCGGCAACAGAUACAGCGGGAGAAGGCUCUUCAGCUCUCCGCCCAGAGAAGCCCUGGAUCCGGGUGCUCUGAGCUUUUACCGGAGCAGCAGCUUACCAAGCCUCCGAAACAGGAGUCUCAGACCGCGGCCCCACCUAAUGCGUCACAGGCUCCGGUUGUCAGACUGGAAAUGCAGCUGAAAGACUCAAAGGGAAAGCCGAGUGAAAACCAUGCGGAGGAUGAAAGGCCGAAAGAGGAUCAGAGCUUGGCUGUCAAAGAGGUUGAGAAACAAGAGGCGGAAUUACGGGAGAAGACUCGUCUGGAGCAGCUGCAGGAAGAGCAGAAAAAUAUGGAAGAGAUGAACAAGCGUAAGAAAGCUCUGCUGACCAAGACCAUCGCUGAGAAGUCCAGACAGACUCAGGCAGAGGUAGUGAAGCUGAAGAGAAUUCAGAAAGAACUCCAGGCUCUGGAUGACAUGGUUUCUAAUGAUAUUGGAAUUCUGAGGUCCAGGAUCGACCAAGCCAGCUGGGACUACGCUGCUGCCAGGAAGCGUUACGAGAAGGCAGAGGCCGAGUUUGUGACAGCCAAGAUAGAGCUGCACAAGAAGACGGAGGUGAAGGAGCAGCUGACGGAGCAUCUCUGCGCCAUCAUCCAACAGAACGAACUGAGAAAGGCCCACAAACUGGAGGAGCUGAUGCAGCAGCUGCAGCUGCAGACCUCCAUGGAGGAGCUGGAGAGUCUGAGGCAGCAGGAGGAGGAGCAGGAGAAGACGAGGAAUGCGGUGGAGAGCCAGAGUGACAAGAAGGAGGGAAGUGGCUCCGUCAGCAACCAGGAGAUGACGGUGCUGUCAAUCGAAGACUGUAAACCUGCAGAGGAGAGGAGUGAGGUGGGGGUGGAGGGGGAGGAGACGGAAGUGAAGACUAAAACACCAAAGGGUGAAGGAGAAGAUAGAAGUGUAGAAAACCACGUGGAGGCUGAGAGGGUGGAGUCGUGAUGUUGACGGAACAACAACAACAACCAGGUUCAUUGUACAACUGCUGACUCUUCAGUGAUAACGUGGAUGAUUCACACUACAGGUGUCAAUCAUCCACGUUAUCAUUUAAAUGUGACUUCCUGCUGUCAAUGGUCAACAGACAACAGGGCUCAACACUGCCCCCCACAGUUUAAACAUCCUCACUCUGAAAAUGAACUAUAUACACAGUACACAGAACAGGCCUUGGUCUGAGAACGCCACGUACUGGGCCACGUACUGGGCCACUGUCUAAUGAAAUUUGACUGAAAGUCCAAAGAGCUCUGAACUAUGUCUCUGUCUCUGCAGCGUGGACGUCCUCAGAGGAAAGCAGGCAGGAUGUUUGUUUGUUUGUUUGUUUGUCUGUCCGUUUAUUAAUGAUUCUAAUUCUGUAUCAUAUUCAGUCAGUGAUGUCUUCCUUUAACCAAUCAGAGAGCGUCUGCUCCUAUUGGCCACUCCCCUGACAGGAGACUAGUUUAUUUUGAACAGUUCCAGCACCUGCUGCUGUGUUCAACAUAAGGCCACACUUCACUGUCAGGAGGCCCAGACCAGAUCUGACCUCAUGGUCAUAGACCAGACCUGUACCCAAACCUCUGUGUCAUGUUUUGUUCAUUCGAUUCGAGCAUUUUAUUUCCCUGUUAACCAGAUGAGAAGAUUUUUUUUUUUUUUUUAAACCAGAUUACAGAGCUGUUUGUGUCACUGUUAGUUUAGAGCAAAUACAGAGGGGAAAAAAGACAAAAUAUUACAUUAUAAUAAUAAUUUUUUUGUUUUUGUUUAUUAAAUGUUGUGACAUUAAUCUGAAAAUUUGACAUUUGCACAAAAAAUGGCGUAUUUCCUAAAAAUUACUUUUUGUAGUGAGUUCAUCGGGAUGUUGUAGAUUAUUGAACAUUUUCACAGAAAUAUUCUUCUGUUUACACUGAGAAACUAAAGUUAAAGAUGACAAUCAUUGACAUUACCACUCCAGAAACACUGGGCCGAGGGGCGUUCAGACCAGGUCUGUGUCUGAGCAGUGACUGGCUGGAAGUCGGGAGACGAUCAUGGAGGAGGCAGAAGGUUCACGUUAUUUUUAUUUUAUUUUUUUUAAAAGGUUGUGUUUCUGCUCCAGAAAAAGAUUAAUUGUAGGAGACGCUGACUCCUGCUGUGGCUCCCAACACAAAUGAUGAGGAGAGAAUUGAACCCACAUCCGGAUGUGGGUUCUGGACGGGUGGGCAGAGUGGAGUGAACAUGUGACACAGUUUGUCUGAGACUCCACAGUCUGUUAACGUGGUAGAAACAACAGACCGCGGCCGAACCUUUAUUUAAAUGUUUUCUAAAUGAGUCACAUGACAGAAAAAAGACGCCUUUUGAUUCCUGUUGGCUUGCGAGUGUUGCUGCUUUUGACUUUUCAAACAACGGGAGAAAAAUACGUUUUUAUUAAACUGUCAACUUCAAUGAAGCCAAACCCCUCUGACCCCCCGACCCCAGAAAACUCAGAUGGUUUACUUUGACUUUAUUAUGAAAACAAACACUAAGAUGUUGGAAAAACACUAACAGCCAAAAGCCUUCAGAUUUUUCUACUUUACAUUUUUAUUGUAAAUCAAAAAAUUGGGAAUUAUUUUUUUAUUGUUGGUCAAAACUGUCAAAUCAAACUUGUUAUUGUCCUUGUUAUUUUUCUCUGGUGAGAGUUAAAUCUGCUGCUGUUGAUUUUUAAUAUGAUCAAAAAAGCGGGGGUGGGGGGGUCUGGUCACAGUGUCAUGUUGACACUUGUUGAUAUUUUUUUACCUUCAGUUUGAAUGUUGGUCCGAUCGUCUUUGUUUAAAUGGUGCAGAGGAAACAGAUGUAUUUAAAUAAGGUAUAUAUUUUUAGUAAAGUUAAUUAUUACAGAGAUUACCAGGGCGUGGUGUUUUAUUAAAAUAAGAACGAAGAAAGAGAUGUGUGUGUGUGUGUUGAUUUAUUUGAACCUCAUGGAGUAGAGAAAAAUAAAAUGAAUGACAUAUGUUAUAUACACAGUGAAUUUAUCAUGUGAAUAUAAUAAAUAUUGUUAGGACUGAAGGAAA